CAUAAUAGUACAUCUUACUAGGAAUCAAUAACAACUAAGAUGAUAUUAAAGGAUAAUAUAUUUGCCAAAUUACCGUUACCACUCUUUUGGGACACGUUAGCAAGAAAUAGUCCUGUGAGCUCACAAAAUGAUUAUUCACUGAAGAGGUGGGCUGGACACACACUUUCAGCGUCCUGUAUAUGACAGUCACCAUAGAUACCUGCUGCCAAGGCUUCUCUUUCAACAGCACUGAAUACUCAAUAAGGAAACUGACUGAGUGUGAAGUACUGAGUGUGUAUGAAAUCAAAACAGAAGGAGGAAAAACAGCCAUAAGCAAGGAUACAAAAGGUUCAAACUAUCUGGGUCGUGUGAAAUAGUUUCGUAUAAGGGUAGGACAAUCUGCAGUUGAGUACACAGUAUCUCAGCUCACUUUUGAAUAUGGCCAACUGGAGAGGAGAAAGAAGAAGCCUUUCACCUUCAGGAUUCUGGAGUGAUCAGGAAUGGGACGCUGACCUGGGCCGUAGAUCUUUCCGGAGCACUCUUAAGUCUCUAAGUCCCCUCGCUCUCCCGGAUCUUGACUUUUGGGAUAGUAGAUCUCUUUUUAAACCUCAGAAAUCUCCAGCAUGGAGUUGUGUAGGAUUAUCUGGAUCGACUGACCGCUCGAAAAUCAGCACAAGCACUCUUGGCAGCCAGAAACACAGGGACCCUUUGGGUAUGACGAGAUGGUCAUCUACAUCCCGUCUGGCUCCAGAAGGAGCUCCGCGAUCACAUUCUUCUGCUGAGGACUUUGAGCUCAGAGCCGCUCUGGAGGAAAGCAGCAGGAGGAGGGCUGAGCUCGUCCAGAGGCUCAGAGAGGCCAGAGGUCACUUGGACGCUCAGACAGACCUUCUGAAAACCAAAGGAUCUCAGCUUCAACAAAACCAGAGCAUCUCAAAUGUUCUGGAGAUGAAGCACAAGCAGCUGUCUGAAGCAGUGAGUGCUCUUGAACAAGACAAGGAAGCUGCAGAGCUGAGUCGAUUUGAGGAAAGCCGCCGUCGAGGGGAAUUACAUGACAAAGUUCUGCAGCUUGAGUUGGACAUUUUGAAGAUGAGGUCCAACCUGGAGAGAAGAUCUCCACCCACAUCACCAAACCCUCUCAACAAAACUCUGCCCGCUGCAAAAGACCAAACCCUCCAAGAGGGACAGAGGCAGGUUGAGAAGGAGAUAAAGAAGCUCAGAGAAGCUCUCAGAGAAGCUGAGGAGAGAACAGAUAACCUGGAGUAUGAGAAGGACAGCGCACUGAGACAGCUCCACUCCUCUGAAGAGAGUAAGCAAGAGGCCAUUAACCAAGCAGAACAGUUGGAACAAAGACUGAGUAGCUCCAUCAAGGCCCAGAAAGAGCUAGAGGACCAGCUGAAUGAUGCCUGCAGCCGUCUGGGACAAAUGGAGCUGGAAAAAGACCUGUUUUCUACCAAAACCCGGAGGCUAGAAGACCAUCUAAAUGACUUAAAGGUCAAACUAUCCGGAACUUUAAUGAACAAAGACCGUCUUGUCCAGGAGAAAGCAGAGCUGCAUCAGAGGAUCCAGGCUUUGGAUCUACAGUUGCAAAUGGAGCAGAGGAGCAAACAAGGCUUCAGUGAGCAGAUGUGUGAGCUCCAUUCAGAGCUGUCUCAAGCUAAGAGCCAGGCCAGCAAACAGAAGAAGGAAACCGUGUUGAUGAAGGAAGAGCUGCUUUCCAUUAAAGAGUUGAACGAAAAGCUGUCGUCAGAUCUGACCAAGGCUACAGAGAGACUACAGGUGACCCUUAACCAGCUACACGAGCUGGAGGCAGAGAAACUGAUACAAACCAAUCAGAUUACAGCACUGGAGACUGAGCGAUUGCAGCUGAUAGGGGAGAAAGAGGAAAUGAGGAAAACAUUUGAUGAUGGACUUCACGAGAAGAUGAUAGAGCUGGGAGAAAGAUGCUGCCAGCACAGAGAACUGCAAGACAAUCUAGAGGAAGAAAAUCAGACUCUGCGAUUAAAAUGUCAAGACCUGGAAAAGAAAGUCCAAAUCUUAGAGGCGGAGCAUAAGCACAAAGAGGAGGAGCAACAGCUAAUGAGGGCGGGGUUUGAGCGGGAAAAGGAGGAGUUAAAGAAACUGGCUGCUCACUGGAACGAGAGAUGGCUGGAUGUGGCGAUGACGUUAUGCUCAACACAGACAGAACUUGAUGAGCUCAAGAGUCAACAGCGAGGGAAUGACAACCGAGAGCCUGAAGUGCCACUAGAUGCCUGCAAGCGACAGAUAGAGCCUGAAAGGGACCAAAGCCAUGUACAGCAGAGACUCAUGAGUAACUCUGUGUCUCUUGAAGACAUGAAUGGAGAGUUGGUGGAGCUGCUGAAGGUGAGGGACAUGCUGAAGAUCAGAGAUAUUGAGAUGGAGGAACAGCUACAGGAGCUGCAGUCUGCUCGUGAUCAGGUGGCACAACAGAGUGCUGAAGUCCAGAGGCUGAAGCAGCUUCUGGGAAAGAAAGAUCAGGAAAUUAAAGAAAAGGAUCAAGAUCUGAAGAAUCUGGACAUACAGAGGAUAACAGAGAAAGCAGAGGCUCAGAUCAAGAUAUCUGCCCUGGAGCAGGAGAUUUUUGGACAUAAAGGCCUGCAGUUGCGAGAGGAAGUGGACAGUGAAUGCAGUCAUGAGGACUUAGUGUCAGUAAAGACCCUGUUAGAAGAAAGCAGAAGGCGAGCUGAAACGCUUGAGCAGGAGAGAAACCGAGCCUUACAAAAACUGCAGGAUCUUGAACUUCUCUAUCAGGAUAAAACAGAGAAAGAAUCUCCACCAGAGACUAAAAAACAGAAACCUGUCAGUUCAGACUUUGUAGAUCCUAACCAACAGAGGAGGCUGGUCACAGAGCAGCUGAAAAGUCUUUUCAGAGAGAGGGAGCAGCGUGGAGAAAGGUCUCCAGUGUUCCCAAGAACAUCUGGGUUGGUCGAAAACGGCGUUCAAAAUGAUACAAGUAUUAAGAACUGGAAUACUGUUGACACAUUAAACCAUCAGGGAAGAAAAACACAGAAACUGGAGCAAGAACUCCAGCAGGGGGCAGCAAAGAGAUCUUCAUCCCAGAUCCCUGUCUCUCAUGGGGGCUCAAAAAGGUCAGAGGAAGGGGAGAAGCAGAAACAGCCAACCAACCUGAAGAAGCACAACAAGACGAUCCAGGACCGAUUUCCCCUGGGCUGCAGUGAUGGAACAUUCCAUGCAAGGCAGGUUGAGGUUUGUGACUCAGAGCUGGAAGAUACGGAAGGGUCCAUUUGAGGAGGAGAGGGGAGCCAGCUUCUGGAGUGAUGAAAAUCCAUUCAUACUGCACUGACGACUUUACUAAAUGCAGCAUUCAUCAUAUUCAUUAUGAAUUAUACAGUACAGCUAAGCUAUUAAAAAACUAAUUUUCUGGCAUGUUGCCAGUUUUUCGCUAUUGUUAAUUUUUAAAUGACACGAAAAUCCAACAUGAUGUCAUAUGAAAGACUUUAUUUAUCAGUUUGAUCACUUUUCCCAUAAAUACUAACUUUUUAUUGUUUUGAAUACAGUCAGAGGUUAUUUUAUUUGAUAUUCGAGUUCACUGAUACAAACAUUUGUACUGAGUUUUUACAACAGCAAUGUAAUAGUAAUAUUAUUUAGUUCUAUAUAUUAUUUAAAGAUAUUCAUGUCCAAAACAUGAACAGCAUACCGAAUGCCAGUAUAAUAAAGGUUAUUAAUUUCUGUCCAUGGUUGGGUCAGACUUGAGGUUAUGUCAGCUUUUCAUUUUGCACUUAUGGUUGAAAAACAUGAUGUUGCGUAGUUUCUGCUUGGCUUUCAAACCAACACAAACAUGCCCAGUGUCACUGAGUAGGUGCCCCUCUGCCAAAAGAAAAAGACGAAAUAUUCACAAAAUAUGCAUUAUGAAGAAAUUCUGUUAUUAAUUACUCACCCUCAUGUACGAAGAUUGUAGCUUCAUAACAUUACUGUUGAACCACUAUUCACUUGGACUAUUUUAAUGAUGUCCUUACUCCCUUUCUGGGCCUUGAAUGUGUCAGUUGCGUUGCUGUCUGUGCAGGGUCAAGUUCUCAGAUUUCAUCAAAAAUAAUGUAAUUUGUAAUCUGACGAUGAACAGUGGUCUGACGGGUUUGGAACGGCAUGAGGGUGAGUAAUUAAAUAUCAAAACCAGUGUUAAUAUGCAGUCGUACAAAUUAUGUAACACC